AUGCAUGACGAUUUUGUCCGCACAGGUUGUGUAUUCAGUAAAACGGUGUGCAAGCCGGAUAUCGAAGUCUGCUACGACGACAACGCGUUCGGAAGAUGCUUGAGGCUCGACGAGGACCUGUCGGAGAAAGACUCGUACCAAUACGAGAUGACACCGGAGGAGCUGGACCUGCUUCGUGUGGAGCUCGAGAGGCUCGAGUACCUCGGCUACAAGUGGUCCGACGAUUACACCCAGUGCGCCAUGCAGGUGCUCCUCGACGACGUGCGUUACAGGACCAACAGCGACGUCGAGGAGUUGUGCAGUGACCUCAGGCUGCGAGGCGACGUUCCGUACGACGAGGAAAACCAGCUCGUCGACAUCAGCGACAACACCGGCGGUCUAACGGUCGAGGAGCCACAGGCGGUGGUAAAGUUCACCCCGAGUCGGAUGGAACCGCACGGGGACUACGCCGAUGAGUUUUACUACCCGUCGGAAGUCGCGCAGCGAAUGGCCGAGGAGAGGAGGCGAAAAGAGGCGGCAGUGGGCUACGACGAUUACGACAAGCCGGCAUCGGGCUACUUUGGCAAAUUCAACGCGCCUGGUGAUCCCGUGGCCGCAGCGGCCUACCGGCGAGACUCGAGGUCCUUGAGGAAGCCGAGCCUGGGCCAAAUGGUGCAAGCCGAGGUCUACUCGAAGGAGAACUACCCGAUCCCCCGGGAGUACGUGGACGCGCUGCGCGACUACCUGGAGACCAGGACCACGAGCGGUGACGGAGAACCGGACGACCUGGAGUUCAUACCAGUGAACGACAAGAAGCCCCUCUCGAGCCUAAAUAACGACGACGACGACGAUGGAGAGGAGGAGGAGAACUACGAGAAGGCCUUCUCCAGGAAGUACAAGCAACCCAGUGACUUUCUCGGUCCCAGAGCCGACACGAGCGAUCAGGACGACGAUGACGAGGAGGAGGAGGAGGAGGACGACGUCAAGGAUUACGACGAAGGCCAUGUCGGCGAGCCGGUGGGUUAUUCCAAGCCGUUGGGGAGCGGGCGACGGCAGCAAUCGAAAGACUACGCAGAUUUUUCCUUCGAGGACUUUUUGUGGGGCCGCGACUCGAAAGGUUUCAAGAGGAGGGAGCGCCUGGACGUGAAGAAACCGGGUCCACUUUUCUCGACCAACAACUUUGCAUUCAAAACUCAGGCCCCACCAACUUCCCAUCUCGAGAGCAACGACGCCGGCGACGAGGGUCAAGAUGUUAAUCAAGUGAUGUACUCGCCGGUGAAAAAGGAGGUAAAGGACAAACUGGAAAGUUCGAUAUCGACGUCCUACGAGAACGUGGAUCUGGACCACGUGUAUGUACAAUUCAAGCAGGACAUCAAUUCCUGGCCCGAGGGAAACAAAAUUGUCCAAUCGGUGGGCGAGCUCAUCGGGUUGAAGCCGAGCGAAUUGAACGGGAUACGCGUGGGCCGAGCCGAGGUGACGUUCAAAGUGUCCAAGAACAGCAAAGGCUACAACGCCACGGACGUUGUUCGCAUGAUCGAUGGCAUCCGAGGCGAUUUGAAGAAACAACUCCAGGUGGACGUGAUCCGUGCGGGCAUCGGUGACAAGACAAAGCUGCCGGCAAUGCUGGACGUGUCGAGCGCGAGGCCCGAGGUGGCUCCCAGCAUGUUCGGCGCCUUGGUUGGGGCCAGUGUGGCAGCCGCGUGCGCCGCGGCCGUGGUGAUACUGUUCAUAGCGUGGCGGCACGCCAAGUCGCGGGCCAAGCUGGCCGGGCUGCGCACUCCAGAUCCCGAGGCGUCCAAGGACUACCAGGAGCUGUGCAGGGCUCGGAUGGCUGCCAAACAGCCGGACAAGCCGAGUGACUCACCCAAGGGCUUCGACUUUGGCCGGCUCAUCGAGUCCGGUAGGAGCGACAGCCGCUCGAGCACCUCCUCGUGGAGCGAGGAGCCACCCACCACCAACAUCGACGUUGCCACGGGCCAUCUCGUGCUCAGCUACAUGGAGGAGCACCUGAAGAACCAGGAGAGGCUGGACGAGGAGUGGGCGGCGCUUGUCGCGUACGAGCCCGAGCCGUGUUCGACGGCUGUGGCCGAAGGCAACGCGGAUCGCAACAGGGUGGGUGCGGCGCUUCCCUACGACCACUCCAGGGUCGUGCUUAACGAUUUGGCGAACCUCAAGAGCUCCGACUACAUCAACGCUUCGACCAUC